AUGGAACUUCCAGGCAACCAGUCUUCCAUCGACGAAUCGAAGAGUUCUGAUCCCGAGGACGAGACUACAGUCGUUGAGCCAGACCAAGGAAAUGUUCUCUCCCACAUCAUCUCACAACUUCGUCCUGGAGCGGAUCUGAGCCGCGUCGUCUUGCCUACCUUCAUCCUCGAGCCAAGGAGUAUGCUGGAAAGAAUCACAAACUUCAUGGCACAUCCGGAAACUCUUUUGCCCAUGACGGAGGUAGACGAUCCAUUACAAAGAUUUACUUCAGUUGUUAAGUUCUAUUUGAGUGGAUGGCACAUCAAACCCCCAGGAGUGAAGAAACCACUCAAUCCUAUUCUCGGCGAGAUCUAUACUUGCUAUUGGCAGUUCCCAGACAAUACCAAAGGCUACUAUAUUUCCGAGCAGACCUCACAUCAUCCUCCAAAGUCGAGCUACUUUUAUAUGGCACCAGAACAUAACAUACGUAUUGAUGGGUGCUUGAAGCCUCGAAGCAAAUUUUUGGGCAAUUCCGCCGCUAGUAUGAUGGAGGGGACUGCUAUACUGAGGCUCUUAAAUAGAGGAACUGGACCCAAAGGAGAACGAUAUGUUUUGACCCAACCCAAUAUGUACGCUCGAGGUAUUCUUUUCGGCAAAAUGAAGUAUGAGCUUGGUGAUCACAGUUUUGUGCGCUGCCCAGAGCUCGGAUUCAGUGCAGAUAUUGAGUUCAAGACGAAGGGCUACUUUGGUGGAACAUACAACGCUAUUGGGGGUACAAUUAAAAAUGACAAGACAGGAGAAAUUCUCUAUGAACUCUCGGGUAUGUGGAAUGGGGAGAUGUUUAUUAAGAGCAUUAAGACGGGCAAGAAAGACCUUCUAUUCGAUGCCACGAGAGCGAGACCUUCAUCUCCAUUGGUGAGGCCAUUAGAAGAACAAGAGGAUCGAGAAUCGCAAAAGUUAUGGCUGAAGACGGCGAGAGCCGUUAAGGAACGCAACCACGAAGUUGCGACAGAUGAGAAGACAUUUAUUGAAGACAUGCAGAGAGACGAAGCAGCAAAGAGGGCAGAGGAGGGUGUUGAAUGGACUCCCAGGCUGUUCAGACCAGUGAGAGGCGGUCCCGGCGGUUCCGAAGAAGGUGAAGAAGAUCUGGAUUGGAUCUUGAAUGCCAGCAUUGAUGGCGACAGUCCACAAAAACAGACGGAACAGAUCCUUGCGGUUUAUCCAAUCCUUCCAGGUCAGAUAUCCACGGAGAAAAACCGUAUUCCUCCACAGCACCACCAACAUACCGAACAGGUCAGCCCAGUGCCAGAACCAGUAUCAGCGGCAGCAGCCCCGGUUUCACUACCCCCUCAGGAGAAGCACAAGGAGAAUCUCAUUGAUUUGAGGAGUAACUCGCCAGCGGCGGCUCCAUACCAGCAUGUACCAGCCGAUCUCCACGCAGCCCAGACGCAAAAUAACGGGCAGCAACAAAAGGAUAUCGAGCGUACCCUCCAGUCCACAAGUACUGUACAAGGCCAAAAUCAGAGCUCAUUAAUUGACUUCCAUGAUGAUCUCAGGAAAGAUUUACCAGCAGCUACAGACACCCAGGGGACGGCAACCUCCGCACUGCAUAGACAGGACACGGACACUCAAAGCCUGGACGAGUUUGUGGAUGCUGAGGGAUGA